UCUUACAGCAAAAACCUACAAAUCAGCUCCAUUAAGAGUUAUCUAAGUGGAAUCCAAUUUUUCCACAAGCUCUUAUACGGUUCACCCUCACCCCAGAUAGCCAAUUCUCAGACCUCCCUACUCAUCAAAGGUAUCCAAAGAGCCCAUCCCAUCCGUCCAGACACCAGGCAACCCAUAACCUUACAAAUAUUGACCAAAUGUAUUUCUACCCUCCGCAGAGGUUAUCAUUCCAUUCACACCGCCCGCACGCUUGAUGCCAUGUUCAUCCUGGCUUUCUUCGGUUUUCUCAGAUGCUCUGAGCUCGCUAUCACAUCUAGCUUCAAUCCAAACAUCCACCCCACUUUCUCCGAUCUAGCAGUGCUGGAUGACGAAACCAUCUCUUACUUCAUUAAGCAAAGUAAAACAGACCAGACCAAGAAAGGCCAUUUCAUUUUUAUUUUCAACCUACAAUCACCCAUACUACCAUACCAAGCCCUCCUAGCCUUUGUCCAGCUCAGGAAAUCACAGUCCAAACUCCCAUCCGACCCCCUUUUUACAGACGACUCCAACCGCCCCGUCACUCGUUUCUGGUUUCAAAAGCACCUUAAAUCCAUUCUACUCCUAUCCGGUACCCCAGCUGAUAAUUUUUCCAGCCAUUCAUUCCGAAUUGGCGCAGCAACCACAGCGGCCCAAAAAGGCCUCUCCCAGCAGCAGAUACAAGCACUCGGUCGCUGGUCGUCAGAAGCUUUCAAGAGCUACAUUCGAUCGGACCGCUCCCACAUCAAGGAAGCCCACCGAACCCUCAUCGGCCAACCCCUUUGAUGUCAGUAUAGCCCCGGUCACUCAAACUUCAGACCCACCAUAGUUGACCCCCUUUUUCAUCACCUAAUCCAUCUAUAACGACCCAUCCCCACUCCAGCCAUCCCAGCAGCACCCACUCCCGCAGGAGCCAUACAUAAAUUCCCACACUGCCGCAGCAGUGCCCGCUCCCGCAGGAGCUUUUCCAUAUUUCCCCACUGCCGCAGCAGUUCCUGCUCCCGCAGGAACUUUGUUUCAAACUCUUCAAAUUAUCAUAGUCUGACAUAUACAAUAAUUGUGGAGAAAAAAUAAAUACAUUU